AUGAAGCUCGAUCCAAAGGCGAUGCGCUACCUCACAAACGAGGACUUUCGAGUGCUCACUGCUGUUGAGACAGGGAGUAGGAAUCACGAAGUUGUUCCCACCCCUUUGAUAGUGCAGCUAUCGGGUCUGCGAAGUGGCAGCGGCGUCCAUAAAUGCAUCUCUAAUCUGGCGAAAAUCAAUCUUAUAGCGAAGGUGAAGGACGCGAAAUUUUGGUCUUUCGACCUACCAGACGACGGGUAUAGGCUUACCUAUGGCGGCUUUGACUAUUUGGCCCUCAAUACCCAUCAGAAGCAGAAGAACAUAUACUCCGUCGGAAACCGGAUAGGUGUUGGGAAGGAAUCUGAUAUCAUUGUUGUCGCAGACACGACUGGUGCUCAACGCAUCUUGAAGAUUCAUCGCCUCGGUCGGAUCUCCUUCCGCAGUGUCAAGACGAAUCGCGAUUACCUACGGCAUCGAAGCACGGGGUCAUGGAUGUAUAUGUCGCGAUUGGCCGCAAUGAAGGAGUUUGCCUUCAUGAAGGCCCUUAAGGAGAAUGGGUUUCCGGUGCCGGAGCCUAUUGCUCAGAACAGACAUACGAUCGUCAUGAGUCUGAUUGACGCUUUUCCGCUACGCCAGAUUUCCAGCGUCCCCAAGCCUGCUCUCCUAUACGCAGAGCUUAUGGACAUGAUUCUGAAGCUGGCCAGAUAUGGCCUGAUCCAUGGUGAUUUCAAUGAAUUCAACAUUUUGAUCAAGGAAGAGCCCGAUCCGAAGGCGAAGGGCAAAGCACCCGAAGACGCAGAGAGUGACGAAGGGAUCAAGCUGGUCCCUGUUCUCAUCGACUUCCCGCAGAUGGUUUCCAUCGAUCACCCCAACGCAGAAAUGUACUUUGACCGCGACGUCAAUUGCAUCAAGAGGUUCUUCCAGAGGAGAUUCCACUUUACGAGCGACGAGCCUGGGCCCUUCUUUGCAGAUGCAAAAAAGCAACUUCUCCAGAACCCGGGGAAGAGAUUGGAUGUAGAGGUGGAAGCGUCUGGAUUUUCUAAGAAGAUGGCCCGUGAACUCGAAGCCUAUAUGAAAGAGGUUGGAGUUGAUGGUGAUAAUGGGACAGCCGAGCGUGAAGAUGACGACGAUGAGGAAGACGACGAUGACGGUGAAGAAUAUGAAGGUUCAGAUGCUGAGAAUGAUGAAGAUGAAGAAAAAGACCAAAGUUACAGGGACGAAGAGAAGUCUACGGAUUACGACGCUGAUGCGAACACCAGGAAACUGAGCGAGCUUAAGGUAUCGGACUCUCUUGGUGUGUUAAAAAAUGGUGCGGAGGUUCUCCAAGUUUCCCAAAAAGCCCGCCGACUGGGUGCCUCCCAACGCGCCCUUGUCGAUGCGGAAGCAAGUAUUCCUCUAACGAAAGGAUUAACACCCAGGCCCGAAUUCACCAUCGCCCUCAUCCGCACCCCCUUCCUUCCUCCCCGAUAUGCUUCGUUCUAUGUGCCCCUCAACUUCAACAAGCUCGACAUGCGUGACUACAUGCAGCGGGUGUACGGCGUCAAGGUGCUCAGCGUGCGGAGCUACAUUGAGCAGCAGAAAGUGACGCGGCUGCGACGUGACGGCCGACCCGGGUACGGACCGCUCCGGAGGCCCAAGUCCAAGAAGCGGAUGACGAUCGAGAUGACAGAGCCGUUUAUUUGGCCCGAGGCACCAAAGGAUAUGAGCCCAUGGGAGAAAGACCAAUACUACAAGGCUGCCAAGUACCAGGAAGAAAUUCAGCGCAAGUCCCAACCAAAGGCCGCCAUGGAGCCGGACUUGGCCGAGCGCGAGGCCUACGAGAAGCAAGCCAAAGAGAUGCUGGAAGGGAAGCAGGUUUGGCGACCGACGUGGCAGGCCCUGGGGCUUAAUUACGAUCGGCCGGCGAUCCUCCCUAAAAGUGCUGCAAGCGGAAUUGGAAUUGGAAGCGGAAGUGGAAGUGAAAGCAGCAAAACUUCCCCGUCGACGGGAUCUUAA